GCGGCGGAGCUCGGCUACAGGGGGAGGGGGGUGGGGGGGCGGCUCGGCGGCGGGUCUGCGGGCCGGGCGGGCCCCAUGGGCGGGUGUGUGGGCUCCCACCACGACUCCUCGGGCAGCCUCAACGAGAACUCGGACGGCACCGGAGUUGCUCUCGGUCGUAAUCAGCCCUUGAAAAAAGAGAAACCGAAAUGGAAAAGUGAUUACCCCAUGACAGACGGACAGUUGCGCAGUAAGAGAGACGAGUUUUGGGACACAGCACCAGCUUUCGAAGGUCGCAAGGAGAUUUGGGAUGCCCUCAAGGCUGCUGCACAUGCUUUCGAGAGCAAUGAUCACGAACUGGCACAAGCAAUCAUUGAUGGUGCAAACAUAACACUACCACAUGGUGCUCUUACUGAGUGUUACGAUGAACUGGGCAACCGGUACCAGCUUCCCGUCUACUGCCUCGCCCCGCCUAUCAACAUGAUAGAGGAGAAGGGCGACCUGGAGACUCUGGAUAUUCCCGAUCCCCCACCCAAUUCAGGGCACGAAUGCCAGCUUCGUUUGCGCCUGUCCACAGGCAAAGACCUCAAACUCAUGGUCCGCAGCAUGGACACGGUGUACCACAUGAAGAGGCGGCUGCACGCGGUGGAGGGAGUGGAGCCGGGCAGCCAGCGCUGGUUCUUCUCGGGCAGGCCGCUGGCAGACAAAAUGAAACUGGAGGAGCUGAAAAUCCCAAAGGACUACGUGGUGCAAGUCAUCGUGAGCCAGCCCUUAGCAAACCCCACCCCAGUGGAAAACUGAUUUCUGCUUGUUUAUUGAUUCUUCUUUCCUCCAUCUCUGUCGUGGGGUUUGUUUUCACUGCCCUCUCUUCUUUUGGUUUGUCCUGCUAAUGGAUUGGUUCCAAGAAAUGACCAGCAAAAAUUCCAUCUGUGAUGGAGAUCUGCAAAAACAAAACAUAAAAACGUAAACUGGCCUUUGGGGUUUGCCUGAUCUCAUAUUUAACACAACAGCAAGCAGCACAGGGCGAGGGCGAAGGGAGGAGCGGGAAGGGGAAGGGAAAAGGGAGGAGCGUACAAGGAAGGAGGGAAGAGACUGUAGUUCACUUAAUACAAAAAUGUAAUGAUUCUUAAAACUGUAGGUGGUGGUGUGAUCUGUGGAGCCAGAGCAACAGAGAGCACUUUUAUUUAAGGGGAAAAAAAAAUUUAAAAAUUAAUCGAUUUAUAAAAUUUCGUAUCAGCGCCACAUACAGUUGAUGCCAGAACGGCAGCUGCCCUGCGUAGGUCCCGUGCUGCGUGUUCCCGGGGAUCCUCGCUGGUGUGACCGGGCUCGCCUGCUUUGCCCAGGCACCGCAGGCCCCGGGCAGCGGGGGCUCGGUCUCCGUCCCACGUGGGCGGCUCCUGGCGAUGCCCAGACCAAGCAAUUGUACAUUCCAAGAUGGCAACGCAGUCCUGUGCCAUUGCUGGCUCCCGAGCUGAGAACGCAGCCCGCCAGAGCCUUAGGCAAUAACUUAGUCAAUGUAUACUCUCACGUACUGUACUGUAAACUUACUUGCUACAAGACUGACUUAGCCUGAAGUUUACCGGCUUACUGGCACCUGAGGAUGUGCCUGCCGAAUUACUGUAUAUCACUUGGAUCAUUAAAACAAGUUUUUAUCAGGCUAGCUAAGGUGAGUGAUGCGCUGGUCUGCGCUUCAGCGUUAGGUGCGUCACCUUUGGCAAACGGUCCAGGUUAAACUGCAGUUACACCCAGAUGCAAUCGAUUGCAACUUCCCCUGCUCGCUUCCUAGAGGGCACGAAGCAUGGAAAACGGUAAGGAGGAUACAACAGCACACCGUUUUCAGUUUUUCGUGUGUCGUUUGAAGCCGCAGCCAGUCUUCUAGCUGUGGUGACUCUCCAGUCAGGACAAGUGGAGGUAUCCUCACUGGCACACGCCCGCGGCCCAGAGGCAACGCUGGUGUUUCACAGCCAGCGCUUUCCCUUCAGAAUGUAAGAAGAGCCCUUUUGGCAAACGACAAAUCCUUUUGUAGUCUCAAAAAUCUGAAUUGGAGCAUAUUUUGAGGGGGGGAAAAAAAUCUAAUUGCUUGUUCCCUCAGUUAGUGAUGCUCUCUGUGUUCCUUCGGCUGCUCUCUGCACCCCUGCCUGGUGAUGCCUUUUGGUUGAGAUCAAAUGCCCUGUUCCUUUUAAACACGAUUUCUGGUUUGCUUGGGUUUUUUCAGCCAUCGUUGAAAUGACUUCACUUCUUCCAACGUCAAAUGUGCUAUUCAGCUAUGAAUAGCGUGUUUUUAUUGGUUUCUGUCUUCCCUCUCUGAAUCAAUGGUCUAAAGCUACGGUUGUCCCAGCUCUUUCUCAUCUGCUAGUGAAACUGGUGGGUUACACUGACAAUUUUAAACUUGGUACUUUUGCUCCUUCGUUAAUUCCAUUGAAUUCAGUUUCUUGGACUCAAAAGGAGUUCUUGCUCCAUGAGCAUCAGCAUAGAGCCAGGAUGAGCAGAGGUCACUCGUACAACAUCACGAGCCUGUCCCAGCAGGUGGAAGCAGGCGCAGCAUUUACAUUGAUGGUUGGAAAACAGAUCCACAGUUUUCUUUUUGGUCCCUGUGUUGUAUUAAGCCUGUGGUUUUCUGACACCUCCUCUAGCCCCGGUUUGGUACAGGAUAACCGAAGUGCAGCGGCAGAGCUCUGUAAAGGAAAACUGGUUCCCUGUUCUCACAAACACCAAAGUGACUUGGUUUUUCUUUUUUCUUUUUAAAGAUUAAAUCAAAACUGAUAAAUACUAAUCUAUAACAAAAGUUUUCUAUUGUGGAGUUUUUUUAAGACAUAUCAUUUAGUAUAGUGGGGUUUUGCAGCCAGAUCUUUUGCAUUCCAGAGGGGGGAAAAGAUAUUUGAUAUAUAAACAACUCAAAAAUCUCUUGGAUUUUCAGUGGGCAAAGGAUGGUUUCAUGCCAGGAAGACACUACUUGUCUCGUAAGGCAUAACUUACAUCUCCGUGUAAGUGGUCUUUGCAAUGUCAUUUCCCUGCAAUCCCUUCUGGCAGGGGGAAAACUGUGAUAGAUUAAGGAGGAGCAGACCAGGGUGGCAGUUCUGUAACUGUGAACACUAAAACGCUACUUUUUUUGUAGGAUACGUUUUGUUGACUAUUUUUUUUUCUUUUUCUAUUUUCAUUCAGGCAAUUGUCACCACGUACUGUUUUUGAAACUACAGCGUGUAGGGCUGGGAAAGCUCCUUCUUUCCCUCUCCCCCCUCUUAGUUGGAAAAGGUUCAGUUUUAUUAUGUCGUUAAUAGGUGACCAUAGUUUAUAUUAAUUGCUUCUAUGUCGCGGAGCAAGGUGAUGAUCUGAAGGCCGUGUUGUGAGUGGGCUUUGAGUAGAACAGAGAAUUGGUUCAUGAAAAUACUCUUUUUCUCUAACAGCUUCCCCCCUCCCAUCCCUUGAGCACAUAUCUAAAACUGAAGAAAUUCAAUGGUAAAAUGCUUUUAUAGGCGAAAGUAAGGGCUUUUUGACCUCUUCUAUAUAAAAUGACAGAUGUGCUAAGCACACACUUUGCUGGAAACAAAUUUUACAAGACUUGUAUUGGGAAAUAAUUCUAAGUUUCAAAAUACAUGUAUAUUAAAAAAAUAUCAGUGAUGAGGGCAUACAGCAUGUCAAUGAACAUACCCCGUGUAUAUAACUAGAGGUUGCAACAUGCAUUGGGAGAACAGUCAUUUCUGUCUCUGAAAUGCCUUGUCUUUGUCCUACGAGAUGGUUUUUGGUGCAAACGCCAGUGUGGGAGAAAGGCUGGGGCUUUGUGUCAUUCCCGAUUAGCUCUGGCUGUGAACUGAUGCCAGAAGAUAACACUUUUUUACCAUGGCAGCGACGGGUCUGUUUGACGUGAUUCAGAUUUUUAUGCGCUUUAUCGUUGCUUCUGCCUGACGCAGAAGUAAGAACCUAGUGAAAGUCCACGCAUCCGAAGAGCUCGAGGGGCAGAGAGGCACGAACACGCGUAGUCUGCUGGGGCGAGGGAGCUCCAGAAAAGCCGCGGAUGCUGUAGCUCCGUUGCUCAGUGGCUGCAGAAGGUUGUCUUCCACGGCUGCUCCUUCAGAGCAUCCAGCUCCUAAAAGUUUCAUUGACUACCUUGGCCCUUUGUGCAUCACAGUUUAUGGGUGUCCUCUGCAGAAAACACAGCUUGGAGUAGCUGUGCUGCAAGAACUUCUUAGUUUUCUGAAAGCCUCUGCUUCUCUGAAUGUGGGAAAUAUUGCGGAAAACUAAAUAGCGCGAGGCAGCAGUGUUGCAAGUUGGGUUUUUUAAUAGACCCCCAAUGCUAAAAGUAUUGGGUGUCUAUUAAACAAAAACUCUCACCCCAGGAGCAACCAAACAAAACCCAGCUCCUCUUUGCCUUUCACAGAAAGUUCCGAAGUUGCUUUGGGGAGGAGAGGAAGGGGGCUCCUUGGAGCGACAAGGUGACGCAUGGCAACGCGCGUAACCUUGGUAAGGCAGAUGGCAGGUUGAUAAAAUAUUGCUGUAGUAUGACAUGCUUCUGCAUAUAUAUCUGUUGUUAGUAAAUAAUGUAAAAAUUUUUGAAAAACUAUUAAAAAAACCCGACUAUCUUAGUUUGUUACAAUGGUGGGAUGCUUUUAGCCAUGGAGUUUUGAAAGCAUUUUAGCCGUGUAAGUGUUGCCGAAUUGAAUGCUGUACGUUUCUCCAUUUCUGUCUUCGUCAGAAGCGUAAGUGGUAGCUACAUUUCUGACUCUUGAGCUGUAUUUUACAAACUCUUUUCUGUCACUGUAAAUACAUCCAACACCCUGCACCUUAUGCAGAGAAAGUUUACAUUUAAAAAAAAAAAAAAAAAGAUUUUUGUUGGCGUUUUCACUGCGCCGCUGAGAUCCUGUUAUGUUGAAAUGAAAGUCGGCUCUGUUAGAAAAAAAGGGGCUUUUUUUUUUUUUUCUUUGCCCUUCACCGCUUCCCCUGUAAUUCUGCCUCCCUCCUGGAUGAUGGCUGGCAGCUCUUGGACAGCUUGUGCUCUCCUGGAGUAGGAUGUAGCGUGUUUGAGAAAGGCGUUUUUGAAAACUUGCUUUGGGUGGGGGGAAUGAUCUUUGUCCGCUCUGCAACUUUCUUGGAAAAAGAAAAAAAAAAUCUGCUUGGAACCCACUAGGUGUUGGUGGUCUGCCUUCCAAGUGAACUCAUCUAGGAAGCCUUUGAGUUAAACUUCCCGGCAACCGCGCUUCUGUCUUCUCCCAAAGAAGAUGAAUGUCCUGCUGUUAUAUCUGCAGCUACAAACACUUCUGUUGGGUAAUGACUGUAUAUACAAGUCUGCCUGCUUUAAGACUUUUCCUUUCCAUAGAGUGUUUUUGAUUGCUCUGUUCUGCAAAUGGCUCUCCUCUUCCAUAUUUCAUCCGCUUAGAUGCUCCGUAGCCGCGUGUGUUGCUCUUGUUCAUAGGAGAUGGAGCUAGAGCUCUCCUUCCAAGGGAGAUACGUGCCACUGAGCCUACAAAAGUCAAAUAGUUGGAGAUGUUUUAACCAGCGGGCUUCUUACCGGGGACUUUGAGACUUUUAAUAAACGUGUCCACUGGACUCUCCAUGAAGAAGUAUGUUCCUGCCCUCCCAGCAGGACCGCUUGUUGGGUAUUUAUCCAGUAGAACUCUGUAUUUGUAUGUUUUACAGAUGAAGACCAUUUGAUCAGAGCCAUGGGGCAAAUAGAGAACUUAAAAUCCUGACUCCUGCCUUAAAACUUUUAGUUUGUCUUGAGCUCCAAAAAUUCUGCACCUGCUUGUUCCCGAGUCCCUUUUUGCUUUAGGAAAUUUGAAUCCAGUCAAAGGCUGGAGACAGUUUAAGGAAAUUUAAAACAAAAUAAAUUUUAGCUGAUGGCUUUAUUAAAAUAACUAACUGGUCUUGUAUUAAAAACCCUAUUUGUGCCUCUCUCAAGUCCAGGGAAUGUUUAAAAAGCGGAGGUGGCUUUUGAGCAAUGACUGAAAUGACGGCGUUAGCUGGCAAUUUGUAAGACACUUGCUUUCAUGUGCUCUGAGCAAGAGACUUCGGUUUGUGUCCUCUCUGACUCAUGGUAAUGGCUUUCAAAGAUGGCUGGUACCAUCAAAUUUGUACUUCUUGAAUAAAUAUCUUCAUUUUUAUGGUAAAACUUUUUGUAUGCGGUUUGUUUGUGUGUGCCAUGUAACAAACACUUGUAUUACGUAGGAUACGGUGCUAGAUUCGGUACUGACGCAGAAAAUGCACAGCUCCAACACGCAGCGAAACAAGGACGAGGGGAUUCCAGUGACGUGACCUUUUUUUUUUUUUUUUUUUUUGCCCCCCUGUAACUUCUAUAAAAUCUUUUAGAAUCAAAUAGACCGGUUGUGUAAAACAUGCGUUUUAACUUUUUUUCCCCCUCCCUGGCUCCUUCCAUCGAUGAAGAGUUCUAGGCCAAUAGAAAGAUGCUGUGAACAUCAGGUAAUUUUUAAAAUGCAUCGUGUAUUUUUAUGUUGUACCUCUGUUUCUCGGUUGACGUAUCGCAGUAGUGUGUGCACAUAUUUUUAAUCAGCUGCAAAGCACAAGUAGGUUGUCUUCAGACUGUUAAAUUAUGUGAUUUUUUUUAAUUUUUUUUUUAACCUAGCGAAGGUCUUUUACCAUUGAGAGCAAACCAUCAUGACCUUAUAUCAGAAAUGCUGUACAAAAUCUCCUGUAUUUAAAACAAAAAAGAUAAUCUUUUUUCCCCCCUGCAUUUAAAAAAUAAAAGUAAUCCUGG